CACCAGCAACUGAGCACCCCGCUAACCAGCAUGAUCCACACAAUACACGAGUCCGAGCUACCUGACACGACGCUUUCCCUCGAGACAUACAAUACAUAUACAAGCGCAUUUUCGAGCUUCAUGCUUCACGACCUGCAUCUUCGAGUCUCGACCAUUACUAUAGAGCGACUGCAGCUGGGACGGUCGUUCGAGGCGGAUCCUCCGUGUCUGCCUCUGUCUUUGAAUCGUCAAGAUGGGGCUCUCGAUGAUCCGCGAGCAGCGUGAAAGUAAGGACAACAAUUCACCAUUGGCUGGUACAUGCAACUGACGCGGAUACCAGUAAUUCUCAGUACCAUCAAAGCAAUUACCCGCGGCGACGUACGAUUCCUGCUUCAAACCCCCCUUCUGAGCUCUGCUGACCGCCCGUAGUGGAAGGUGCUGGUCAUCGACGAAUAUUCCAAGAAGAUAUUAGACAAUGCGGUCAAGGAAGAUGAUAUUCUCAACGAGAAUAUUGCUAGUACGUGCGGCCGAACAAGAAUGCGGGAUUUAUGCUAAUUUGCACAAGAUAUUGAGAAGAUUGAGGACCGGCGGCAGAUGAGCCCCGACAUGGACGCUAUAUAUCUCAUCUCGCCCAAAUCACAUAUUGUCGAUUGCCUGAUGGCAGAUUUCGAGCGCCAUAGAUACAAAAGAUCCUACCUCGUAUGGACGUCUCUUCUAGAGCCCAGAAUACGCGACCGAAUCGACCGUUCAGACAUGGCAAAAGCACAGAUAGCAGGAUUCCAAACUAUAUCCGUGAACUUUUUCCCCCGAGAGUCAAACCUGAUAACGUUCCGGGAUCCUCACAGCUUUCAAUUGUUAUACAAUCCAACCUGCAGCUCACUCGUUCAAGGACAUGUGUUCGAACUUGCCAAACAGGUCAGACAGAUGUACUUCAGACAACACCUUUGUAGAGACUGACCCGUUUUAGAUAGUAGAUUGUGUUGUCUCCCUAGGAGAGAACCCAAAAGUGCGAUUCUUCCAACCUCGCCCUUUCAUACCCCGAACUCCGACUGAUCAGGAUCAAUAUGGCCCAAGGAUUCUCAGCGGCUACCUGGCGCAAGUGGUCCAGGAUGAACUAGAUUUAUAUAUGAGAUACAACCCUGAUUUCCCACCUCCAAGCAACCGGCCACAGGGGGUGCUCAUGAUUGCUGAUCGAUCUUUCGACCUAAUGGCUCCGCUCUUACACGAAUUCACAUAUCAAGCUAUGGCUCACGACCUCUUGCCCAUAAAGGAAGGCGAAAAGGUUAUGUACACCACAGUGGUGAACGAAGGCACCGGGGCCCAAGAAGAAAAGGAUAUGGAAAUUGGAGAAAAGGACAAGAUCUGGGUAGAGAACCGACAUCGACACAUGAAGGACACGAUCGAGAAGUUAAUGGGAGAUUUUCAGAAGUUUAUCGAUGAAAAUCCACAUUUUACAAAUGCAGAAGGGGACGCAACGAGCUUGAAUGCCAUCAAGGAUAUGUUGGCAGGAUUGCCCCAAUUCCAGGAGCUCAAAGAAGCAUACUCUUUGCAUUUGAGUAUGGCACAGGAAUGCAUGAACAUAUUCGAAAAACAUAAGUUGCCAGAUCUUGCCUUAGUAGAGCAAACCCUGGCUACGGGUCUUGACGAGGAUUUCCGGAAGCCCAAAAAUAUGGCAGAUCAGGUUGUAAGAAUUCUUGAUGAUCCGAGUGUUGGCCCAUCAGACCGGCUGCGACUGAUCAUGAUGUAUUGUUUGUAUCGUGAAGGAGUGAUACAAGAGGAUAUUGAAAGGCUUCUUUUUCAUUCUGGGUUGCCAUACACAACGGCCGAUGCCAACGUAGUGACAAAUCUGGACCUACUAGGAGGCCGCACACUCAAAGCCGACGUGAAAGACAAACAAAUUAACGCGCCGCCAAUCCUUGCAAAGAAGGCCGCUCCUACCGCUCAGGAUGAAGAAUUUGCACUUUCUCGAUUUGAACCAAACGUCAAGUUGAUGCUCGAGGAGCUGGCGAAAGGGACGUUGGAUCAGUCACUAUUUCCCUAUCUAAGGCCACCAACAGAUAACUCCACGGAACUUGCUUUGCAAUCCCAGACUUCUCUGCGAAGCGCGAAACCUACAUGGGCUCGAAAUCGGAUGUCUACAGUCGACAACAGACAAAGAAUAUUCGUAUACAUGGCUGGAGGAGCAACCUACUCGGAAGCCAGAUCUUGUUAUGAAGUUGCCAACACCCGAGGAAGAGAUGUCAUAUUAGUCACUAGUCACAUGCAAACACCAGAAACAUUCGUACAAGACAUGAGGAACCUAGAUGCCAAGAGAAAUACAUUAGGGUUUCCCAUCGAUGGACCACAACCCCGAGCUCCCGAAUACCUUUUCAAGAAAAACGAUCCUCCUCCUCCUCGUCCUGUACAACCAGUUCAACAGGCCAUGCCAACGCAGCAACGACCUAGUGCUCUGCAAGCAGGAAGACCGGGUGGUCAAAUGCCGAUGUCAGGUAAAGCGCUUCCUAUGCAGCCCCCGACUGCGGGCAUGGCUGCCAUGAGCAUGAAUUCCAGUCCAAGUACUGGGCGACAGCCUAUGCAACUUGGACCUCAAAAUGGGAUGAGCAGCCAUAAGCCAGAUAAGAAAAGCAAUCAUGAUGGAGAAGAAAAAGCGAAGAAGAAACGUGGGUUCUUUGGCAAACGUAAAGAUAAAUCUUGAGUGGUGAGUGGAUCUCUAGGCAUCAUGGAAGGAAACGAAUUGGUCACAUGGCAUUUUCGAUUGUUGGAUCCAAAGGGUGAGAGAGAGAGAGUGUGUGUGUGUAUUUAUGGGCGGGCAUCUCUGUUUCAGCGGCUGGGUGGGGAAUCGUGUGCAUAGCAAGGCAAGGCGUUGAACGCAUAGCGAUGUUGUAUACAGAAUCAAGAAAGCAUGUAGGGGAAUGCAAUGCAAGUGUUGAGGAAAUAAGCACGCUAGUCCCAAAAAAACAGCCGCACGACGAAUGAACGCGAAUUUCUGAUGUGAGGUGGGAGAGGACCUGCCUGCUUGCUUUGAUUGGUUCCUUGAAUGGUUGCCUGGCAUUGAACUUGGUAUAUACAUAUACGUUGUCCAGCUCUCUCUCUAGCUCUCUCCCUCCCUCUGGUUGGGGUUUUGUGGAGUUGGGUGGCUUGUAUUCUGUGUGAGAAGAUAUAAGUUUCUU